UCGAAACUAGCUGAACUAAUACUAGGUCACUGCCUCCCGUUUAAUGAGCUAGCGAUCUAGCAUGAAAACAUGACUGUUAGCUGUGUCGCUUGUUGACAUGCACUGAUGAGCCGAUUCCGAGUUAUGACGAUCUCCUUUAUUCACCUUAAAUGAUGUAGCCGAUGAAAUGGAGUAUGACGAGAGACUGGCACAAUUCCGCCAAACCCGCCUCAAUCCCUUCGAUCGAGGAGAGAAAGACGAUGGUCCCCAAAGGGGAAGGACGCCCCCACAGCAAGAAACAAGACAACAGCUGUUUACUGGGACCAGAAUCCAAAGUUCAGACGGAACCAUGGAUCUUGGUCUAGCUGAGGACCACUUCUCCAGACCUGUGGGUUCAUUUGUGGCCUACGACAUAGAGCAGUUAAAACUGGCCAUUGAGGAAUGCAAGAAGCUGAUCUUGGAGCUGCCAGAACACUCAGAAAGACAAAAGGACACGGUGGUGAAACUGAUCCAUCUUCGACUUAAACUGCAGGAGCUGAAGGAUCCAGAUGAGGAUGAGCCUAAUCUGAGAAUGGUUCUAGAGCACCGAUUCUCUAAAGAAAAGAGCAAGAGUGUCAAACAAACCUGUGACAAAUGUAGUACCAUCAUCUGGGGCCUCAUCCAGACAUGGUACACCUGCACAGGUUGCUAUUACCGCUGCCAUAGUAAGUGUAUGAACCUAAUCACUAAGCCCUGUGUGAGGUCAAAGGUCAGCCAUCAGUCCGAGUACGAGCUCAGCAUCUGCCCCGAGAUCGGACUGGACCGCCAAGACUAUCGUUGUGCGGAAUGUCGCGCACCGAUUUCACUGAGGGGUGUACCAAGUGAGGCCAGGCAGUGUGACUACACUGGCCAGUAUUUCUGCAGCACGUGCCACUGGAAUGACACAGCCAUCAUCCCAGCCCGAGUUAUCCACAACUGGGAGUUUGAACCACGCAAGGUUUGUCGAUCCUCACUGCGCUACCUGGCCCUGAUGAUGUCACGGCCUGUGCUGAAGCUGAAAGAAAUCAACCCGCUCCUCUUUAACUUUGUGGAGGAACUGGUUGAGAUAAGAAAACUGCGUCAUGAUAUUCUACUGAUGAAACCCUAUUUUAUUACCUGUAAAGAGGCAAUGGAGGCUCGACUUCUACUUCAGCUUCAGGACCGCCAGCACUUUGUGGAAAACGAUGACAUGUACUCGCUACAAGAUUUGAUUGACAUCUCCAGUGGCCGACUGAGCUGCUCCCUCACAGAAGUCCACACCACAUUCGCGAAACACAUCAAGCUGGAUUGCGACCGUUGCCAGGCCAAAGGCUUUGUGUGCGAGCUGUGCAAGGAGGGAGACAUCCUCUUCCCUUUUGACAGUCACACCUCGGUUUGCCACGACUGCUCAGCCGUCUUCCACAGGGAUUGUUACUACGACAACUCGACAACAUGUCCACGGUGUGCCCGGAUGACUGAACGCAAACAGGAUGACGACACAAAAGAUGCCUGAAGGACCACAUGAAGGAACUUGAGGUUGCACUUGGCUGAACGAGGUUGUGUACAUAGAGGAAACCUGGUUGAGUAGCAAGCAACUAACAUUUGGUCAUCUCCUGCUUUAUUGUAUUUAUCAUCCUGCACGUUACAUGCAGGAUUUAAAAGCGCCAAUAUUAUUUAGCUUGAAGAUUGGUUCAAAUAAAAUCUGAAUUGUAAACAUGAAGAUGCUACAUAUCCAGUGCUGGUCCAUCUAUUUAACAGGAAGCAAAAUGUAUGCCUUUUUGACAUUCAAAGUUACAGGGUUGUUUGUCUAUUAUUCCUCAUAACUUGAAUUAUAGUAUGGUAUAAAUGUGCUAGUUUUAGUAAGGAUACAUAUUAAGGUGCGUUUGCUUGCAUUCCAUAUGGUGAAUUAGUUCCAGAGAGAUGUACCCAAGUGUAUCAAAUCCAGUAGAUGUGAAUACUUGUGCACAAUGUGUGCCUAUGAGAUUUGUCAGGUUACAAGAAGCUGUUAACCAAAUGUCACAAUACUCUUGGCAAUGUGUUAAUGGUUUUUAUCAUAAUAUACCGAAAUCACAUUUUAGCCAAAGGAUGUCAGAAGACACCUUUGAUGAUGUGGAAAUGUUGACCGAAUAUAUUUGUUUUAAAAUAAUGACUCUUUGCUGUGUUAUUUUUCAGCAUGAUGCACUUACUUUUUUUUUUUUCUCAAAACAAUGGACAUCCGUGGUGUCAGUGAAUCCGAUUCUGUUGUAAAAAUCAAUGUUUUGAGUG